CUCACCACUCCUGCCAUGGUCUGGGAGAAUUGAUUAAUUAGUAGUCAUCGAUAUGCAUAGAAAAAAGUGAGGUUAUUCCUCACAUGGCAGGGCAGUGGAAAAUAACUUACCCGACGAUUACAUGAAUGGAAUAAACUUAACUUCUCGGCUUCAGCGGAACAGGUUAGAAUGGACACGAAGAAGACAGCCGUUAGCUAACUUAGCACGGUAGUCCGUUUCAAUGAAACUUUGAGCUAACGGCGAGGUAACGUCCGACAAAGAGGGGUGAAGGGUGAGCUGUAACCAUGGAGGCUGCAUUUCACCCUUUCUUCACCACAACUGGCCAGCUGCCCUGGUUGCUUCUGACUGUGUUUACAUCGUGGACAGCCUUUUGUUCUGCAGAAAUAAAGCAGACAAGAAGGCCAUUAUAUACCCAGAAGCCAGUUCUUCUUGCCUGGAAUGCCCCAACACAGGAGUGUGAACCACGACAUAGAGUAACCUUAUCUUUGAGCCAGUUUGACAUUGUAGCGACCCCCAAUGAGGGCUUUGUGGGGCAAAACCUUACAAUCUUCUAUAAGGAACGUCUUGGGUUGUAUCCCUAUUAUAAGCAUGAUGGCAGUGCGGUGAAUGGAGGCCUUCCACAGCUUGUCAGCCUCACUGAGCACUCAAAAAAGAUGCCCGAAGGCCUUAAAAAAUACAUAAAAGUGCCAGGGGCAAAAGGUUUGGCUGUUAUUGACUGGGAGGAGUGGCGUCCUAUAUGGGUCAGAAAUUGGGAUGCUAAACUUAUCUAUCGAAAUAAAUCCUAUGCAAUGAUAGCCAAAAAGAACCCUACAUGGACCUCAAAACAAGUGGAGAAAGUUGCAGAACAAGAAUUUGAGCUAUCGGCUCAAAGAUUCAUGCAGGAGACUUUGAAACUGGCCAAGAAUAUGAGGCCCAAUCAGCUGUGGGGCUUCUACCUGUUUCCAGAUUGUUACAACCAUGACUACAACAAGAAUGGUCUGCAAAACUACACAGGCCACUGUCCUUCAGUGGAGGUGGACCGCAAUAAUCAUCUCAACUGGUUGUGGAUGGAAUGUACAGCACUUUUCCCGUCAGUAUACAUGGAACCUGUGCUACGCUCAACGAGCCAAGGGCGCCUUUUUGUCCGGAACAGGGUGAAGGAGGCAAUGCGCCUGGCAUCUGUUGGGGAUGGAUUAGCACGUCCUGUUUAUGUUUACACCCGACCUACCUAUAUCAGUCAAACGACUCUCCUAACUGAGACAGAUUUGGUCUCCACAAUUGGUGAGAGUGUUGCACUUGGAGCUGCAGGUGUAAUCUUCUGGGGCGACACCUCUCAUGCAAGCAGCAGUGCCAACUGCUCAACCCUAAAUGAUUAUCUUAAGGGACCGCUGGGUCGGUACCUGCUCAAUGUGUCCACAGCAGCAGAGCACUGCAGUCAUGUGCUAUGUAAUUUCAGCGGCCGCUGUUUUCGCAGAAUAUUGGACAGCGAUAUAUAUCUGCAUCUCAGCCCUUCAACACACAAGAUAACUAGUCAGAGUGGCCAGCUCAAGGUUACAGGAAUGCUCAGCCAAACUGAGAAGACUUUUUUCCACAAGCACUUCCAGUGCCAGUGCUACAGUGGGUACAGGGGUGAUGACUGUACUUUGAAAGAAAAAGAGCCCAAUAGAGCCUCCUCUGUAUUAGGGACUUGGCCUCUUUGCCUUUUACUUCCGCUCGGACUCCUUACUCUUCUACAUUGAGGAAACAGAGACUAACUAUUUACUGUUUCAGCGAGCCUAGAAGUGGACAGUUUAGACUUUUAUGCAUAAAUAUGGAAAUUAUAUUGAUGCAUUGACAAUACCAAGUAAUCUGAGACCUCCCCAAGCUGUUUUUGUCCUGGCAUGCAGACCGAUGGAACAUAAAUAUCUGUGGGUAGCAAGUUGCAGCAACAACUUGCUGUCAGUCUGCCCCAGGGCAGCUGUAGCUUGCAUCCACCAGUGUGUGAACAUGAGAGUGAAUGAAUAGUGGAAUUGUAAAGCACUUUGGGUGCCUAGAAAAGCGCUAUAUAAAUGCAAUCCAUCAUUAUAACAAUGGGCUGAAAUGAAUGUCCUACCACCAAGAUUACCUUGUAGAAAAUCAUGCCUAAAAUCAGUCUUUUCUCAAAGUAAUCACCAGAUAAAUGGAUGUUGAGUAGCUUUACAGGACCUUAGUGUAAAUGUUUUACUGUCUCCAUAGUGAAGAGAAGCCAAAGAUAUCUAUUUUUGAAAGCUUUUUUUAUGAUUGGUUUAACAUCAGAACAACAACACAUGGCUUAAAGUAGAAAAAGUGGAUAAAAGGGAACAGACGCACACAUAUUUACAGGUUAUUGGUGCCUCAUGGCAAAACAGACACUACAUUACAAUAGUAUUAUAUAGUAUGAAUAUCAAGCUCUUAAGUGUCUUAUUAAUGAAAUACAAGCCAGUCUUAAAUCUCUUUUGUAUUUUUUUGCUUAGAGAAACAUCAAGGAUGGACCUGCUUGUUUUCAGUUCAAUAUUGUGCCUUAACAGGGCUGAAACCAGCUCUCUUUUGCAGUUGCAGUCUUUAUGUCCUUGCUUUAUAUUGAUAUAAACUCCAUCAUGGCUAACAAUUUUAUUAUAACCGAACAGUGCAGAGAAAAUACAUACACGUUACAAGGUAUCCAUCAACUUAAAUGGAUAUCACUGUGAAAACAGGUCAUAAAACAUUAGGAAAUAUAUCAGACUGGCAAUUUAAACACAACUUGACACUAUAACUGACUGUAGUUUACACAUUUGCCCAACAAGCCAAAUAGCCCCCAGUUUGAUCCUGGGAAGACAAAACGGAUCGCUUUAGCGUUUCAUCAGGAAGGGCAUCCGGUAUAAAAAAUCUACCAAGUCAAACGUGGAGCUAACGGCUGUGGCGACCCCUGAAAGCAGGGAGCAGCUAAAAGUUCAAUAUAACUGAUUAUAGCUGAUUUCAGCUUGUGUCUGAUGUACUGGAAUAGGCUAUAUGUUCGCUCCAUUCAUAACCAAAUGUAUAGGAUUGCUUUGAAAUUGUUUGCAACUGUCUAACUGAAUAUUAGCAGACUGAAAAAAAAUGUUGUGUCAAGGAUCUUGCCGGUGAUACUGUGUGAACAGCAAUUACUGUAGGUACAAGUUCAGAAUUGUUUGUUCCCAAUAUAGCUGAGCAGUUGCAUGUUUUAUACAGUAGGUACUAGUUUCAGUAGCUAAAAUGAGUUAUGAAAGAAGCCAGCAGGUGGUUUUUCACAAACACGGUAGUCUCAGAAUUGCACAGCUGGUGUUGAAUCGUGAUGUUAUAUGUACUUAUAUUGCAUAGGUCUUCAAGUUCUGCACUUUACUUUCAUGCAGAGUUGGACUGGGUGUCAUUACAUGUCGUGAGGGACAAAACUGAGUGAAUACUGUCAGUGCAUGACAGUGCUAUAGUGGCUUUUCGCGUGUAAUGUGUCACAUUGGAAAUACUCUGUUUCACUGUGAAUCUUGCUGAAAAGCAAAGGGUUGCCUCGAUGGUUGUUAUCUCUCUCCAUCAGCUUUCAUCUUAUUUUUUUAAGAAGUAUCCAAAAAAAUUUAAGUCUUUUUUUUUUUUUAAAUAAUAAACAUGAUAUUCUUCUACAGCAAAUGUUUCUCAACAUAUUAUUUCAAAUAGUAUGCAAAAAGCACAAAAAUAAAGAUCUUGCACGGUAAAACUUGACUAGAACGAGAACAAGAAGAACGUUUUUAACUAUUUAAAGCAGAUUUUGUGAUUCUGUGAUCAGUAAUUAUGUUCAAUAUUAAGAUAUAAAUAAUGUAACUGAAAUGUACUGGUUAUUGUUUCAAAGCAAAUUAACAAAAUCAAAGUGUUCUGUAUUUA